GUUUUGUUCGAAUCUGAAUCUCAAUCUCCCACGAACUAUUCUCAGUUUGGAAUUCGAACCGAACGGACACCAGCGGAAAAUGGCAAGAACCGGAACUCAGAUGCUGCUACUUGUUGUUGCGCUGACGGCGACGGUGGCGGCGAUAAGUGGAGCAAGUGCCUCCAGCAUUCCGGAAGAGGUGCCGCCCUACAAUCCCCUCGAGCACGACUCCCUGCACGCCAAGCACUUCGACGGGGGCGAGCACAACGCCCAGUUCGACCACGAGGCUUUCCUGGGUCCUGACGAGUCCAAGAAGUUUGACACCCUGACUCCGGAGGAGAGCAGGCGGAGAUUGGGCCUGAUUGUCGAUCGCAUCGAUGAGGACAAGGACGGGCUCGUCACGCUGCCGGAGCUGAAGAACUGGAUCGCCUACACCCAGAGGCGCUACAUCGAGGAGGACGUGGGUCGCCUAUGGAGGCAGCACAAUCCGGAGAACAACAACACCAUCAGCUGGGAUUCCUACAGGAAGACGGUGUAUGGUUUCAUGGACGAUUUGAGCAGCGAGGAGAGGGAGCAGGAGGAAAAUGGAAUCAGCUACAAGAGCCUGCUGAAGCGCGAUCGCAACCGCUGGGCGGCGGCGGACAAGGAUCUGGACGACAAUCUCACCAGGGAGGAGUUCACUGCCUUCCUGCAUCCCGAGGAGCACCCCAGCAUGAAGGCCGUGGUGCUGCAGGAGACCUUCUCCGACUUGGACAAGGACAACGAUGGCAAGAUCUCAGUGGACGAGUACAUUGGUGACAUGUACCGGUCGGCGGGCGACGAGGACGUGGAGCCCGAGUGGGUGGCCAACGAGAGGGAGUCGUUUUCCGAGCACCGCGACCUGGACAAAGAUGGCUACUUGAACGAGGAGGAGGUGAGGCAGUGGAUUGCGCCCAACGACUUUGAUCAUUCGGAGGCGGAGGCCAAGCACCUGCUGUUCGAGGCCGAUGCGGAUCACGACGAGAAGUUGACCAAGGAGGAAGUGUUGGACAAAUACGACGUUUUCGUGGGCUCCCAGGCCACCGAUUUCGGCGAGGCUUUGGCCCGCCACGACGAGUUCUAGAGAGUCCUAGGGCCACUAACCAAAUACCCAGCAUCCCUGAGAUUAAGAUUGAUCCUAUGAAUCUCCCACUUCGCAUGCCAAAUAACUUGUAAAACUUGACUAGUUCUUAAGACCAUUGAAAGUGCAUUAUAAACCGACUCGAAUGAAGGGGCCAUAUAUUUGGCACCACCACAGCUAAUUGAUUUGAGGUGAUUUGUUUAAUUGAAAGGCGUCCACGUCAGCUCGGAGCAUCAAUGGCCACGUCACCGGAACGAACGCCCCAUCCGCUCACACAUGCCGCAACUUGACCCCUCCUCUUUGCCCCGAAUCUCAGAUACGCCGCAUUUGCCUGUGUAACAUAUAAACAUAAAUGAUUUUCGCUGUAGCCCGGUUUAUUUCCAGCUGCGAGAACAUUCCAAAUAACACACUCACAGAAACUGAAGGGGAGAGAGUACACUGGGGGAAAAGUCAGAGUCGUUAUUGUGCAUUCCAGAUGUUUCAAAAAUUAUUUUCCUGUA